UGAUCUCUCCUCAGGUCAAGUAAGGAGGGUUCAGUUCAUUUCCAGAGGCCCCAUCAUCAGCACAGUCCCACCUCCUCUGUCACCUCUGUGGGAUCCUUGUCCCGUACCCAGUCCUCCACCCUUACCAGCAUGCUCAGUGCCUCCCACUCAUCCCAUCCGUCCUUCCCUUACCAGCACCCCCAGAGCCAGGGAGAGCCCUUCCCUAGCCCUGGGCCCUGCAGUCCACAGGGUCCGAGCUCCCACCAAGCAGGUGAGCCCUUUACCAUGGGUUCCAUUCAUCAAACACCAAGAAGUCAUGGUUUCCCUCAUGACCCGUACGGCUCCACUCCCAGGAUGUACCAUCAGCAGCCUCAUCAGUGUCAGCAGCAGCAGCAGCAGCAGCAGAUACAGCAGCAGCAGAUACAGCAGCAGCAGAUACAGCAGCAGCAGUUCCAAGGACCUCCACCUCCUCACCUCCAGCUGCCAGUCCAGACCGCACAUUUCCCCCAACCACAAUCCUACUCUCAACUGCAGGGGGAGCCUUUUGCUAUGAUGGUGCGAGCCCACCAGAUGGUGGAUGUGCUUACGGAGGACAACAGAAUGCUGAGGCAGGAGAUGGAGUCCUGCCAUGAGAAAGUCAAAAAGUUGCACAAGUUGGAAACGGAGAUCCAGCUGGUGUCAGAGGCAUAUGAAAACCUUGCUAAGUCUUCCUCAAAGAGGGAGGCCCUGGAAAAAACCAUGAGGAACAAGCUGGAGCUGGAGGUCCGGCGGCUGCACGACUUCAACAGGGACCUCCGAGAGCGCAUGGAGACGGCCAAUAAGCAGCUUGCCGCUAAAGAGUGCGAUGGCUCAGAGGACAACCGGAAAACCAUAUCCCAACUGCUUGCACAGAAUAAGGAGACGCUCCGUGAGAAGGAGAAGCUGGAGAUGGAGUUGAACGCAUUGCGCUCCGCCACGGACGACCAAAGGAGACACAUCGAGAUCAGAGACCAGGCGCUCGACAACACACAGGCCAAAGUGGUCAAGCUGGAGGAGGAGCUAAACAAUAAGCAGGUUUUAAAAUUGUAGUUUACCCAAGGAAAGGUGACCCUCAACAUUGUACCCUGUGUGGCAACAUUUCCUCUAACCUGACUGAUGAAACUCCACUCACAGUAGAGGUGUGUAAAAUCAGUAAGGUCUAGGAUGAAAUCUGGGAACAACAUAGAUAGCAGAGGGAUGGUAAAGUCAGAAAGCAUCCAGAGAGAGAGACACACAUGGUUGGUUUGGCGCUCUUCAUGCGUAAAAAAUAUAAAAUACCAUCGGACUUCCUCAUCCUUUAACCGAGAUAAGAUUGUUGGAGCGAGUUAUCUGUUUUUUGACACGUUUUUACAUUGAAUUGUGCCUCGUGUCACAUCAUAUUUUGUGUUGGUGGGUAUAUUCAGUGA